CGUCACCCCAGACGAAACAAGUCAUGUUACUGUAGUCCCAUUUCCUUCUUCCUGACUCUAGGGUUUUUAGUCCAGCCGCGGAUUCCGGAGGAAUAAUGUCUCAUCAAACGGGUAUUGAAGCUGCUGCUGAUGUGAAAGAAAUAUUUGCCAGUGCCAGAAAUGGAGACUAUCGGCUGUUGAAAAUUGUGAUUGACAAUGAGCAGUUAGUGGUUGGCGGAUCCAAGCAAGCCUCUCAAAGUUGGGAUCAAGAGUAUGACUCCUCUAUCCUACCUCUGUUAGAAAAUGACAUGCCCUGCUACAUCCUCUACAGGUUGGACUCCUCCAACAACCAGGGUUAUGAGUGGAUCUUUAUUGCCUGGUCCCCCGACCAUUCCCCUGUGCGACCUAAAAUGCUCUAUGCUGCUACAAGAGCCACAUUGAAAAAAGAGUUUGGCGGUGGUCACAUCAAGGAUGAGGUGUUUGGCAACGUUAAGGACGAUGUGUCGCUCAGUGGAUACAGGAAGUACCUAACUGCUCAGGCCGCUCCCCUGCCUCUGACUGCUGCUGAGGAGGAACUGAGACAGAUCAAACUAAGCGAGGUGCAAACUGACAUCGGUGUGGACACCAAACAGCAGACCCUCCAGGGUGUCGCUUUCCCUCUGCAUGGGGAUGCCAUGAAUGCUCUGGAACAGUUCAAGGACAAGAAGUGUAACUAUGUUCAGCUUGAAAUCAACUUUGAUAAAGAACUCAUAAUCCUGUCUAACACUGAUCCAACGGAAAUCAAAGACUUGCCUAAAAGGAUCCCAAAGGAUGCUGCACGGUACCACUUCUUCCUAUACAAGCACUCGCAUGAGGGUGACUACUUGGAAUCUAUAGUCUUCAUCUACUCCAUGCCUGGCUACAGCUGCAGUAUCAAAGAAAGAAUGCUCUACUCCAGCUGUAAAAACCCCCUCGUGGACAUGGUUGAAAGCCAGCUUAACAUGGAGAUUGAAAAGAAGUUGGAGAUCGAUAAUGGAGACGAGGUGACUGCAGACUUCCUGUAUGAGGAGGUCCACCCUAAGCAGCAUGCCCACAAACAAGCGUUUGCCAAGCCCAAGGGUCCCGCUGGCAAGAGGGGGGGACGCCGAAUCACUAGGCCGCCAGGGGAGGAAGACGGCGAUGAUUAGGCAGACGGACGCUUGCACACUCCCAACUUUCACCCUCCUUCCAAACUCCACAGUGGAACAUUCCAGAUGAUGGAGACAAAGCCCAUUCAACAUAAACCUCCAUGAAUCUUUUUUUUUAAAAGAAACCCAACUCAGACCCACCCUCAAUGCUGAACUAUGCACGCACAGGAAGAGAAACCCUUCCGUUUGUAAACACACACAUUAACACCCACACACUUGUAGCAUAUCCAGAUUGAGAGUGUGAGCCAAUUAAGCAUUCCUUGAAUUAUUAAAAGGCUGGGACAUGGCCAACAAGAGGUUCAGCGCUGUUACAUAACUUCAAUUAGAUCAUGAAGCUUCGAACAAAAAGAAAUAUGUGAUUGUGCACCAAUGCGAGUGAUCUUCCUAGUGUCCAGCAUUUACCAUUCCAAUUCAUUUUAAUGUCUUUUUAUAUUUUAAAAUGCUACCUAAGGCCUCAGUUAUAUACAAAUGUCUUAACUGCAACCAGCAGCACCAUAAACACAGAAUUAAACAGGGAAUGUGCGAUGUCAUGCAUAGUAUUUUUCCAUGCAUAGCCUUUCUUUUUAUAACACACAAGGACAGGUGUCAUGUUUUGAUAUAACUGUGGUUUACACAUGGACCCAUCUGCCAAGAAACUUAUUUUUCUAUGCAAGUGUUGUACAGAAAUGGUAUUCUCGUGGAAAAAAAAAGUUGCGUCUGUCUGGAAUCUCUCUCUCUGUCAGUGGUCACUGCAUGCAUCAUUUGUUUUAGUGAAUGCUCCCGUUUCACAUCAUUGAUAAUCAAUUAACUUUGUUACAGUAGCUGCCACAAGCUUUUAAAUAGCCAGGGUGCAAAAGCAUGCACACUGUAGCAGGAGGUCACUAGAUAGAAUCUGGGCUGAAGAUCUGAAGAACAUGCUUCUACUGAGGUUAGACCACUAUGGAACAUCUAAUAUCCUAGUGAAUGUCUCACUAACAUGACAUGACAUGACGGACCUGUCUUAGGUAUGGUAUUAAGUAUGCCGUUCUCUGUUUAACAGUUGUAUUUUUUAAAAGAAUAAAAUAUUUAAAUCUCA